AUGGAAGAGUACCUAUCUUGUGAACAGGAAGCGAUCGGAGCCGUUGAAGCUCCUCAGGACUUGUCCACCAUAGAACCUUCUGAGGAAGAGGUUCCUAUGGGGAUCGAAGAGGGAAAACCAAUUGCCGAUUCUCCCGAAGAUAAGACAACUGAGGAGAUUCCUGCAGAAGAGUCUGCUCCUAAACCUCAUUCUUUAAGAUCGGGUAAGAAGGCUCUUUCUGCUGCUGAGCAAGGUUCACCCACUCUCGGGACUACUUCCGCUGCUCCUUUAGAGCAAGAACCUGCGCAAGUGUCGGCUCCUUUAGAAGAGCAACAUUUACCUGGUUCUCCUACGGCGACUGUUCCGCCUGUAGCGUUGCCUGAAACCACUGCCGCUACUCCUCCUCCGGAACAACAGCUCGUGCAGGUAUCAGCCCCUAUGCAAGAGCAACCCCUGCCUGACUCUUCUGUAGUAGCUGCUUCACCAAAAGCGGUGAUGAAGAUCUCACUCACCCCAACGGAGGCUGGGCCUAGCUCUUCUCAAGCGAAAGCAUUGAUGGCUUUGACCUCAAGCCCUUCGCAAUUGAACAUUUCAAUCGCCUCUGCAGCUUCAGCACCUGGAUCGCCUGCUAGUCAUCAUCUUAAUGCCUCAAUCUCAGCUGCUGAAGGGGUAUCUUCGGGUGCAAUUGUCAGUCUCGCUAAUGCACCUAAAUUCCUUCAAAUCUCCUUGGUGUAUCUAAACAGUCUUGCGAAGACGGUAGUUGAGUCCCUGAUGAAUGGCCAAGGAACUUUGAACUCCUUUCGACCUCUGCUGGAAGCAGGCUUAAACGGGGUCAGGAGUGUGGGCGAAACUCAAUGGUUCGAACGCUGCUCAGAGAUUAUCCUUCGUUUGGAGGAGAAAUUACAACGCUUCGAGACCAUGGGCCAUAGUGACCUUCAGCCGCAAAUUAUGUCCACUUUGGCUAGUCUUCAGGUCGCUGAAGUGAUACACCGAGAGGCGCUAGAACGGGACUUAGCUGAAAAAGAGCGUCAGAUUGCAGAGCUUCGUGAGCGUAACACUCGGAAGCGAGAAGAACUAGAACGCUCAACUGCUUCUAUGAAUUCGCUUCGGGACAGACUGGUUGAAGCUGAAGCCGAAGUCCUGCGAUUGAAAGCUGAACUCUCCCGCGAAGAAGGCAUUGUCAACAUCCUUAGUACCCAGAAUGCAGCUAGUACUUUGGAGUAUCAUGCACAAGCUCAGGCUCUGGAAGACGUCAGAAAGGAAAUGGCGGCCAUCAUCAUACCCAGCGAGGAUGAACUCCGAGCAAAGGCUGAAGCUAUGGUGCGAGCUAACCACGAGGCGGAGCUAGCUGAACUCAAGGCUCAACUCAUCUCUUUUGAUUUAAUGCAUGAGUGA